AUGCUGAACAAGAGAUUCGGAAGCUGGAUUAAAAUGACCCAUACACACUAUGUUCACGCAGAAAUGUUUUGUUGCACGUUUGGUCGUAAACGUAAAUCAGAAGGUCUGAAUGUGAAUAAAAAACCGUCUAAAUUUUUAAAUUGCCAAUCGAUGUUUCGCGUAAGAUUGGAGGGUCAACAAUACGUUAUAAAAUCUUACAACAUGUCUCACAACCAUCGGUGUACUAGUUCGUGGAUGGUUUGUGAUCCGUUGAGUAAACGAUUGUCAUCAGAAGAAAAAGAAAACUUGAAACCAGUUAUAUUGCACUGUCAGUCGACGGACGAAGUUAUCGAAAGUAUUAUGGAAAGAACAGGUAAGCAGGUGACCGCUGCUGAUGUGAAAAAUAUGAAAGCUGAACUCUCCACUGGUAAGUGUAUAUAA